UCAUGUGAAACGCCGCAUGCUCGCUGUGACUGGAGCAGUGUUUGGGAAAUGUUUCUAUUCUCGCAUCUCUCUGCCGGCCAGUGACACCAGGCGAAAACUUUAUAUCCGAGGAUCUUGGUUGUGUCUUUCUUUCUGUUCUUACUUGUUUCUUUACCCUCGUGUAAGUGUGUGUGUGUGUGUGUGUGAGUGUAAGAGUGUGUGUGUUUCUUCAUGCCUGCCGCGUCCGGGAGCGAGUCGCCACCACUAUGCGAGCCCAAAUUGAAGUUAUACCAUGCAAAAUCUGUGGAGACAAGUCCUCAGGGAUCCAUUAUGGGGUCAUCACAUGUGAAGGGUGUAAGGGUUUUUUCAGGAGAAGUCAACAGAACAACGCCUCAUACUCGUGCCCUCGGCAGCGCAACUGCCUGAUCGACAGAACCAACCGUAACCGCUGCCAGCACUGCCGUCUACAAAAGUGUCUUGCUCUGGGCAUGUCACGUGAUGCGGUUAAGUUUGGCCGCAUGUCGAAGAAGCAGCGCGACUCGCUGUAUGCAGAGGUACAGAAGCACCAGCAGCGGCUGCAGGAACAGCGGCAGCAGCAGACGGGCGACGUUUACUCGUCCAAUCUGAGCACUCUCGGGCACGACCUGGGUGGUGCCUACACCAACGGACACGUCAUUGACAUGGCCAAGACGCAUGCCAACGGCGCACCCGCUGCCUACUACAGCAUGGACUCGACCCAGCCGAGCCCAGACCAGUCCGGACUGGACAUGGCAGGCAUGAAGCCCAUCAAACAGGAGCCUGUCUACGACCUGACACCUGUGCCCGACCUCUUCCCCUACAACUCGUACCAGGACAGCCAGCUAGCACCCGGAGUGUCCAUGGGGGAGCUCGACCGAAUUGCACAGAACAUAAUAAAGUCUCAUCUGGAGACGUGCCAGUACACGGGUGAGGAGCUACAGCAGCUCUCCUGGCAGACACACUCGUAUGAGGAGGUCAAGAUGUACCAAAGCAAGACGCAGGAGGCGCUGUGGCAACAGUGUGCAAUUCAGAUCACUCACGCCAUUCAGUACGUGGUGGAGUUCGCCAAGCGCAUCACCGGCUUCAUGGAACUGUGUCAGAACGACCAGAUACUGCUGCUCAAAUCAGGUUGUCUUGAGGUGGUGUUGGUAAGAAUGUGCAGAGCGUUUAACCCUCUCAACAACACGGUUCUGUUCGAGGGCAAAUACGGCGGCAUUCAGAUAUUCAAAGCACUCGGCUGUGACGAUCUCGUCAGCGCCAUGUUUGACUUUGCCAAGAGUCUAUGCUCUCUGCAGCUGACGGAAGAGGAGAUCGCACUGUUCUCGGCAGCUGUUCUCAUCUCUACAGAUCGGCCCUGGCUAAUGGAACCAAGAAAAGUCCAGAAGCUUCAGGAGAAAAUCUACUUGGCCCUCCAGCACAUUAUGCAGAAGAACCACAUGGACGAGGACGCAUUGACUAAGCUGAUUGGUCGAAUCCCCACACUAGCAGCACUGUGCACCCUACACACGGAGGAGCUUCAGGCCUUCCAGCAAUUACAUCCUGAAACAGUCAACAUGCUCUUCCCUCCACUUUACAAGGAGCUUUUCAAUCCUGAUGUGGCCAGCGUCAUGUCCAAGUGACAAACACUUUUUUUUUUUUUUAAAUGAAGUGACAGGAGCAUGAUGGCAGAACUUCCAGAGGGCUGAGCCACUGAGGCAGAAGAGGCGGAGCUAAAUAGGUCACCUCGACAACAUGGCAAUGUUGGCGUACAGCAACCUGAGGCAACAAUAUAAUGACAAAACUUCAGGAAUGUCCAGCACUUCAAACAUUCGACUUCAGUUUCACCGAUUCAGUCAAAAGAAUGUAUAUACGCGCCUGUUAGUGAGGAUCUGACCAGAAAUGUACAGACUUUUAGAGCAAUCAUUUAAUAAGCUGUCAUUUAUUUGGGUAAGUUUAUUUGACCUUUUUUUUUUUUUUUUUUUUACGGAAUUGUGAUAUGAAAAAGGGGGACAACGGUUAGACAAAGAGGAUCACAUAGUAAUUCACUAGUUCUGAUAUGUUUCCAGUAUUAAACCACGUUCUGUUUAUAUUCUAGUCAUAAUUUAUAAGCGGGAACCUGAGAGGCCGGUACUUUGUGUAAAUCUUUUACUUUUGUUUUGUAGUUUUAUGUGUACAUAAUUUGAGAAAAAUUGUAAAACUAUACUAGAGACAAUUUCAUUUUGGGUACGUUUAAAAAGCCUUGUCUGGGCCAUGUAGAUAUGUAUAGAUGCUACAACAAUGUUUAGAAACUAUGGAUGUGUAAAUGAUUUUCUAGGAGAAGAACAAUGAUUGAUUAUUGAUCUUUUUUCCAUAAGAAGAUAUAGAGAGAUAUAUAUUUUGCAAAUUCUUACGGUUGAUCAUCAUGUCAUCAGUCAACACUGCAAUAAUGUCAAUAAGCACUAGUCAAUCAGUCAAGAUCAGUUUAGGAAAGGUCCUUGGAAAUAUCCAGAAAAAAAAAGAAAAAGUAGAUCUUCAUCUGCAGUUUAAAUAAUUUUUACUUCUGCUGAGCUGCAAGCAGAAAAAAAGAUAAGCAAAUCGCACUAGCUCAUAUGAAGACAAUUCUGAUCAUCAUCGUCUCACGUAACGCCGCUUUAAGCUUUAUAAACUGUCCCUUUAAAUACGCACUGCAGUGUUUGCUCAGCAAGGAUGUCCAAACUGCAACAUGUGAGCUAUUUUUAAAAAAAAAAUAGAAUAACAGUUGUCCCGCUACUUUAAGUUAAAACGUUCUUAAAUUGAACACUGUGUCACUGUCAUGGAAAACCUGAUCUCAUUCUAGUCUUCAUCAUUAAUGUCAUUUUGCAUGCAACACUUCUGUUGCUAGAGGAAACGCCUCUAUAUAGCUAUAACUAGUAGAAGCCAUUUAUCCGACAAUGGAAACAACUAAUAUGACCAAAAGGUCGCUAUUAACUGUUUCAAACAAAACUCAUUUUGUCUUGGUUGCAAACACAAUGUGUUGCAUAAACUUUAUCAGGAGAUGAUAAGGAUUUCUUUUCCCAUAGUCUGUAUUAACACAUUUAACUAGCUAACUAGCUGUCCAUAUGCUAUUACAUUAUUUUAACUACCACUAGUUAACUAGGUUUCCAGGAAACCAAAUCAUGGGACUGGGCAGCACAUGGGAGCUUUUACUUACCCAGUGCGCUAGCUAAUGACUUUAGCAUUUGUCCACCAAUUUUUCAUUUGUCCUGCAGUUUGAUUGCAACAUUCAAGAUUCUGAAGCUUUUGACAGCUAAGUGUACAAAAUGUAUCAGACUCUCUAUGGACAUUUGAGUGUUACCAAGUCUGGUGGACACAAUGGCACUGAUUGAAUGGGGAAAAAAAUGGCGAAUGCAGGAAAAUUCAAACACAAAAUAAAUAUCACCAUGUUCAAGGGAAAAUUGGCUAAUCAGUUGGUGUAAUGAAGGAAGAAUAGUAUCUGUAAAAUCGUUAUACAGGUUUAUUCAUACAGCCUAAGGUGCUUAACACUGAUUGAUUUAAACUAUGAAUUUAAAUUAAAAGGCAAGAUAAAAUUAGCAGUGACACAGACCAAUUCAUUAUUUAUUUAUUUGUAUUAUUGUAUUAUAAUUUUACAGAGUAAAAUUUGUCCAUGUCACACAUGCAAUCUAUUGAGAAAAUACAGCAGUGAGGACGAGCUCAUUACUUUUUUUAGGCUAUUAUAAUUAUAAUUAAUUAUAAUUAUAAUUAAGGCUAAUAGUCUGUUAAGUUAAAUGGAAAUAAUGGAUGCCUUUUAAAAGCUCCACAUAUAGUCACUUAACUAGCUUGCUACAGAUAUAGUAGCUGUCUGUAAAUAAUCAGUUAGACAACUUGCUAACUUGGUUAUUAUUAUUAGUUGCUAAGUAGAUGAUGAAAAUUAUGUAAUUAUUUAAUUUGCAGCGAAAUAGUACUUAUGUCAAUUUGGCCAGAAUUAUACUCCUAAAAACAAAACGGUAAAAGAUUCAAAAAAAAAAUUUUUUUUCUCCAGUCCAGGAAUAAUCCAUUUUGGAAGAAAAUGCCACCAUUGUCUUGCUUGACUUAAAUGCAAUGCUAAAAAAAAAAAAAAACAAAAGUGACUGAUAGCUUUGGAAAGCCACAUCAUUCCAGGCAUUUCAAAUGAAACUUAAUGCCAUGCUUGUUGAAUCUUUUGUAAAUGUUUCACACUUCGAACGAUAUUCUGUAGCCCUGGCUGUCUUAUGGACGCUCUGCAGUGGCAAUAUUGUAGCUUUGACAAUCAUGUAGCUUUGUAUUAUUCAUUUUUUACAAUUCCAGUACAACAAAACUGAGCAGAUCUGGGUGUCAUUUGUAUAUUUGUUCUUGCGUAGUUUACAAUAUUCAUAUUUCUCUCAGGCAGAAGCAAUUUACAAUAACCCCCUUUAUUCACACAUACCUCGAAGGGUCAGAAGUAAAAAGCAAUUUCACACUACUCGAUGGUAACACCAAUUUCCAGGAUUUUGAGGCUAAAAAGCAUCAUUAACAUUAUAGCUGCUAUAAUGUGACAUUGUUUGUGGAAGAUCCACAACAUUAAACGUAACACACUCUUUAAUACAGUGGUUCUCAAACUUUUUGUAGCCAGAGGCCCCUUUAACUGUAAAAUCAUUUCCACUGACCCCCUCAGUAUGGAUUUAUUUCAUGAACAUUAUUGAAAUAUUUCAAGCCAUAGAGCUUUCUAUUCCUGAACUUUCCACCAAUACAACACAUUAGGUCUGAGUUGACUUUGGUGCUUGGACCCCUAAGUAUAAUAACUGGCUAUGCUUCGUGGACACCACUUUGAGAACCACUGCUUUAAUGAAUCUAAAAUUGGUAGCACUGGGAAAUUGCUGUGGUGAAAGUAAAACAAAACCCUGUAGUUGAUUAUUUUCCUAUAACUGCACACCCUGUUGUGUUUUUUUAUUCCUUACAUAUAUGAUUACUGAUAUUGGGUUCAACCUGUUUAGAACAGGCCACAAAGCCAUAGUACUGAUUUCCAGGUUUUGGCGGCUGAAACACUGUUCCAUUCACACUAUAAGCAGAUACCAGUGCGUCAUGCAAUCAAUCAAAUUUAGAUGAAAAUGAAGGAAUGAACGUAUAAGAAUGCACUUACGGAUUACACAUUGAAGGUAGUACAGUAAGUGCUGAGGAUAUAAACACACUUCACAUGCUGAAAUGUUCUACAUUCGAUAGUUGAUGUUCCCUCAGUAAUGUGCUUUGGUGGGGUUUCUGUAAGCACUCUACGUUUUUCUUAUUCAAGACAAUCACUUCUGGAUGCCAUCUGAAAGCAUCCAUCUCAGGGACUUCACCUUUUGUUAUUUUCAAUAGAGAGACUCCUAUUUUAAAAAGAAAAUGGACAUUUUCAAGAAAAAAAAAUUCUAAAAUCUUUAAUAUUUCUGAAAUACUGCCUGAAAUGAGACCUACCCAGACAAGGCUUUGGCACGUGUGUGUGUGUGUGUGUGUAUGUAUGUGUGCAUACUGCUGACAGGGUAAAUACUCAAAAUUAUUAGGCCCUACUCGUGAAAGGCCCAGAGCCCUGUAAAUACUGAUAGAAGUGAUGAUAGCACUCAAUACAGAGAAAUGAGAGGUGGAAAAAAUAGAAUACUGUAAUUAUUAUUAUUAUUAUUAUUAUUAUUAUUAUUAUUAUUAUGCUUUUCCUAUGAUCUCUAUGUAAGUUAGUUUAUUUAUAGAGUGUAUGAUUAUGCUGAAUAAGCUCCAGAUCCAUUUCAACGCUCAGUAAAUGUGGCGACGAAGGUUUUUUUUUUUUUUUUUCAUGGUUUAAACUGUGGACUCGGGUCAGGAGCAGUCACACUGUAAGCGAACAGUUUAACACUGUUUUAGGUAACUGUAGCAAUAACUGGACACUGAUUUCUGUCCCAUUUGCAUUGUAAGAUUAUUUUUUAUUUUGAUUUUGAUAUUAUAUUAAAUCCUAGCCUGUUGUUCAGUUAUCCUUGCAUGCUGUUUCAUGGCAAUGGAACAGGGGGAAAAAACUGUUGGGCUUUUGUGUUUAAUCAUGUGAUACUGUUG